AUGUCAUUUGGUCGCUUUUCUUUGCCGCGAGGGCUAUUCAGGAGGUCAGAUGCUCCAAGCAAUGAACCGGAGACCGAUCCAGAGGCUGGGUUGUUUUUCCCUGACAUAUGGGACGUGUUCAAGGUGCGAUACAUCUUGCAAUGGAAACUUCGCGAGGGAUUUCCUGUGGAGUUGGUAGAUCAGAUUCUCGAUGCAGCCGAGUAUUGGCCUUCCACCGAGCACUAUAUGGUGGAAGAAGAUGACCGUAGAGUUGUUCACAAGGACUGUGAUCAAGUUUUGUUGAAGACUGUGCCUCUUUGUUAUUCGCGGAAGAGUCUAGAGGAAUCGCCAUCACCCAAGCCACUUCCUCAUCGUGGUAUGCAUCCCUGCCGCAAGAUCAUCUUUCAACUUUCUUCACACGACCAGGGUCCUAGGGGCUUAUCGCGAGAGAACAUGUAUUCCGGCAGCUGGACUUGGUUCGAUACUGAGGUGAUACCUGCCGCACAUACCCGCAAUAUGUAUGUCAAUGGAGAGGAGCAAGAACUAUUGCAUAACGAGCGGGGUCAAGUGCCACAACAUUACGGACCUGAUCAUGAAAUUCUUCUCCCCCGAGAGAAUAAGGUGCAACUGAAUGCCAAAUCAAUGGGAGACUUGCAGAACAACACUAUCGUGUGGCACUAUCUGGAUAAUAUCCAGUCUGACUCCGCCGAGGCUUAUGAGAUCGAGCGGACUAAAGGCCGGGGACGGUUCACGUUGGAUGGACGAUAUGUUCGCGAGCUGGAGGUUGGGGACUCGAUUGCACUUUGGGCACGAGCGAGAUUCCCGGGUUGGACUAACUAUGUUUACCGUGCCAGUAUUAGAGUAUUUUGGGCUGUCUAG